AAUUUGGAAGCCUUUAGGAUGGUAACCGGAAUAGGAAAGUAAAGCAGGUGAUAAGAGGCCGGAUUUACUAUAUUAGGAAUGAAAUAGCGGUGCAUUGAAAAACCAGGCAUAUGGGAUUACAUGCUUGGAUGUGUUAUCCUGUGCAUUCACAUGUGCAUGUUGCAGAUAUCGGAGCUACCAUACGACUGGGUCGGAUGGUUUAGAAGAUCCGGUGCUGGAAAUGUUAUGAGAAAAUUAUUAGAUGAAUUGACAAUUAAAAUUAGAUGGUAUUAUUAUAGAGAAACUGAGCAAGAAAAAUUAUACAGUGUGCGAGAAAAAAAAUUAAAAAAAACAUAAUAAUGUUGUUAAUGUUAUUGAAUGUGUUAAUGACAGAAGAGGAAAAAUUGAAAUUUCAAUUUAGUACU